AUGAACUCAAAUGAGUUUCUAGCAGACCAUGAACUUGGAUUUAAUGUUGAUAAAGGAAACUUGAAUAAUUUUAGUCAAAAAAUACCUCAAAACCUAACUAAUUCCCAACAAAGUCCUGAAGUAAUUAAAAGUGACCUUUUGAAAUUGCAAGAAAAAAUUUCCUCACUUGAGUCUCGUCUUCAGCCAUCCCAUCAAAGCUCUUAGUUCUUAAUAAGAUUAUUUAGAAGCUUCCUACGAUAACCUGUAGGUAUUUUUCUCCAUUCUUGCUUUGGUCAGAUAAUUGCCGCAAUCUCUUUCGAGUGCCGCUCCUCUACGUGAGCUUGUGCCAGAUCGGAGAUUGUAUAGGGAUAGGCCAUCAUUCCACGUGUAAAAAAAGUUAGCCCUUCCAGAAUAUUAAAAAAAUGAAUUUUCUCGUUAGGCUACUGACAAAAUGAAUUUAGUAGCCCAGGGCAUAACACUUGGCAUCAUGCUUGGGAAUCAUCCGAUUGACCAAGUAAACAUUCAAGCUUUGCUGGGUUUUCCUUUCCAACUCCAAGACUUUCAUAUUUUUCUCGAGAUCUGGAUGUGAGCUGCUGUUGGCCAAAUCCGACGCUGAGUUCCAUCAAACCAAUAGAACUCGGCUGGAUAUGCAUUACCGAACGCUAUCUAUCACAAGUUCCCUGGAUUACCCCAGCUGCAAGAUCUAAGAACUUAAAUUGGAUUGCCGCAGCAUUUUAAUGUAUAUAGAAGUUUCCUAUGUUUGGCGCUGUAAGGCCGAUAAAUUCUGAUCGGAAUUUAUCGGUAGGUUGCACCAAAUCAAUGCCUUGGUCGGACCAAAAAGCGAUUUGGUCCGACGAACUUGGAAAGCUCCUGGGAAAAUGUCUGCGCUUUUAGCGCUAUAUAGAGGAAACCUCUAUAUAUAAUCCCAUCAAAGUUCGCAAAUUAUUUAUUGCCCAAAAGUUGAAAUAAAAAAGACCAAACAUUCAGCUUCAAGUUCUCUUUUGAAAAGUUUUGAAAGAGAAGAGAGGGAGCUUGAAGAGCUCGAAAGAAGCAUAACGUCGACGCCAAGUAAAAAAAGUUCAGCAUCCCUUAAUGCGGUUUUAGAUAGGCUCAGGACUGAUUUGCUUAAUCAGAGGAAAAUAUAUAUUUUUUUUUAAAAAAAAAAAUAAUUUUAAUUAUUUUUAAAUCAAUUAUGUAAAAUAAUCAGAGGCAAAAGAAUGUAAAGCUUAGAAAAUCAAACGAUGGGCUGAAAAAAAUGUUAAAUCAUAGGGAAGAUUUGCAUGCAAAAUUAGCGAUGCUCCAAGAAGAUCAUUACACACUGAUACAGUCUUUUGAGAGAUCUGAGAAUAUUAGGAAUAAGCAAAAAGAAAUGAUUGAGUCUUUAAAAAAUGAAAUUUUGGAAUAUGAAGCUGCUGAAAAUGAGAAAGGAGAACAGAAAAAGCCUAAGCUUAUUAAAUAAAAAAUAAUUUUAUGAAAUAAUAAAAAGUUAAUACUAAAUUUCUAUAAAUAUUUUUUAUAAGAAUAGAUUAAGAAAAAAAAGGCCUAUUAUACCAAAACCAAAAACAAAACGACUUUACUCAUGUGUUAAUUAUAAUUAA